AUGCAGGGCCCCAUGGGUCCCCAAGGAAACACUGAACAAGAGGGGAGGUCCAUGUACGAUGGAUUUGCAGGUCGGCGCAGCGCUUUUGGACCACCUGAGGAGCGACGACGCACACUGGGCGAGUCGCAUCACGCAAGGCCCAACGCUGCAGAGCUCCUAGCGGGCACAAAUCACAGCGCGUCCGAGAGAGAUCGGCCCGUGACUGUGCACCCUGUGUCGCAAUCUGGCUUCAGUCCCCCUCAACCACAACGCAAUAUCUCUGGCUCAUCAGAACCUCCGCGCAGUCUUUGGCGUCAAUCAGCGCCCACCGGUGCUGCUCGCGAGCCUCCCCAGGAUAGUCGCGCAGAGGAGCCUCCACCGAUGCAUCGCACUUACGGUCCAUACCCUCCGCACAUGCUAGGUGGUCCUCGCUAUGGCCCACCAAGCUCCGAGGAAAUGCUGCGACGCAGUGUAGACCAGCUGGGCCACCGCGUUGUGGAGCAGUAUCACGCUCCUCCUACCUCCGAUCCCAACUCUGAGCGACAUAGGACUGAGCCACUCGCGCGCUCUUUGUCAUCCCGAUCCCUAUACGACCAGCCUCCCAAGAUGGGUGAAGCCAUGCAACACUCCAAAUCACACAUUGGCUUUGGCUUGGAAGCAAGCAGACGGACUGGCAGAGCGUCCCCACUACCACAAGCUGUUCAAGGUGCCCAGGCGCAGCCCUUGUCAAUUGGCAAAGAUCCUGGUAUCAAAAGCGAAUUCGGACGCAUGUUCUCCGGGCUCGGCAGCGGCUUGGGAUCGUCGACUCCGUCGCGGGGAAGUCCCAUGCCACAAAACGGUCAGGGCUCAUUUGAGUCGGACAACGGCGAAAUGAUGAGAAGGAUCGGCUCUCAGCAAGGCAGAAAGCCGCCGAAACGAGUCAAGGACGAGGAAGGCAUUUUCGACAUGGAGAACGCUGACGGCAGAGGAACACCUGGCGCUCGUGGGGCUAAGCGGAACAAACACCACCAUCAUCAUCACCACCAUCAUCACCACCACAAGCCUGACGAGGACGCGUCCAUGCCACCAGCCUCAACUUUGAUUAACGGGCGACAAGCGAGCUUACCACAAGCCGGCCCAGGCCAGUCGGUUCAUCACCACCAUCAUAUUGGAGCAAAUCCACAUCACCAUCACCACCACCACGCCCCCCGAGUUGCCCACCAGCCGCCGCAACAAGUCACGAAGGUCCUCACUAAGGUCCACGACGUGCAACCUAUUCUUGAGGAAGCUGCUAAGCGUCCUCGUAAGCAUCUUGGAUCGCAAUUGUACGAAGCAAAGACAGAACUGCCAAAACCCAACUCGUCGCUAGACGAUCAAUUCGGAUAUGCCUCGAAACCCCAACGUCUGCCUCGCUUCGAUGUCAACCCCAUCAACUGCACUUUUACCAUCAGGGUACCUCGAUACUACCUAAAACCACGACAACGCCAGCAUGUUGUGUUGGAGAGACAUCUUUGGGGUGCGCGUGUGUAUCGCGAUGAUUCAGACCCUAUUGCUGCAGCGAUCCAUUCUGGGUGGAUACGUGGCGAAUGGGAUGAUACCGUUGAUGUUGCUAUGCUCGAUCCACGCAUCACCGCGCCCAACGACCCAACCGAUGCUGCUGACGUUCUGAUCAAGACCCCGGCCGCUCCUGUGACGCCGCCUGCCGACAUGGACCUGCAGAUUGAGAUACUCAUCCUUCCGCAACUCCAAGAAUACACCGGGUCCGUCGAGUAUGGCAUUUCGAGCAGGAAGAGCAAAGCUCACGAAGGUCUCAGUUUUAUGAUCAACAAGAUCCGAUGGGUUGAAGAAGGCAUUGGUAGCAGGGGACAGGAAAGGACAGCAGCAGCAUUAAAACGACGGCUCGAUGCUAGUGCGACUCUCCUUGCUUUGCAGAGUGGAAUCGACGACGCUCACCGGGUCAACGGAAUGGCCAAACUAUAUGCUUGA